AUGCUUGUGCAUUUCCGCCUUAGCCGAAUCCCGGUGGUCAGGGUCGGCCGAAAUCACGAAUUUUCAGGUGUUCAUCAUCGCCUACAGCCAGCCUCGAACUGUUUGCACCUGGUGGAACCGGGACCUGGCCAAUGCUCGGUCGGUGUCAUCCGACCUGAAGGCCCGACUCAAGCUGACCGUCUGCAUGCAGCAGGGCACAUCAAGCCACUUGAUCCGGAAAAUCGGGCUGCGAGGAGGACAAGUGCUAUGGGAAAUGGGUACAUUGCGUUGUUAACACUCGGAAUGGCCCCAAAUUAG